GAAGUAAAACGGAAGCGGGACAGACGGCGGCAGAAAACGAGGGUAAACAUCGGUGUGGCCUUUCCUAAAUGGAAAUCUCUGAUGAGGGAAAAAUGUUUUCAAAGUGACGCUGAAGUUGCCUGUUUUCUGCUGGAAAGGGCGGUGACCUUGUGGGCAACCUGUGAGGCUGUGACUCGUCCUUCAUGGUGUAUGUGGAGGGCAGCAGCUCUGUCUGGUGUCAUGGUGAAGACACAUGGAGCCAAUAGUGAUGGCAGCAGUAGGAUGAAGUGUCGAGAUGAGCUGUUAGACCUCAUGAGACGGCCAUGUUUGUUGUUUUGUGGUGAAGGUUGCAUUAAAGCCAUUGCUGGUGACCGCUAGAAGCUAAAAUGAAUGUUAAUAAGCCAGCGUGUUCCCGACUACAGUUCGGAGCCGGUAAGCUGUCACUGAGAGAGGUGAGACAGGGGAUAUGAAAGAUGCUGAUUUACCUCCAAGCAGGUGUUAAAGGGGAACUGCGGCCAUUUUUGAAAUUCACACGUUAUUUCUGUGGUCUCAUAGUCUGGUAAGAGCAUCCUGAUGACGUGAGCCCAACAUCCUCUCUCUUUGUGUUCUUUUCCCAGUUCUCGUGACUCAGAGAGAAGUCUUCCUCGUCAGACUCACCGCCAUCAUGCCGUGAUUUCAGUCUGCUUUUGCUCGUCGUUCCUCCCUUUUCCCCUGCGGUUGUUCACUUUGUAACAGCUCAUCGUGUUAAGUAAGUCAUUACACCUUCACUUUGUGUAAUUCAUGGCUGGUUUAAAGAGGGUUUCUCCAUGAGCGAGUCAGCUACACAUCUACUGCUAUCGUGGUGUCACCAGAACCAACCCGUUACCUGUUAUUAUGUCUAACACAAAGCUGCACCCCUGAUCAAACCCCCCCAGGCUCCAGUCCCUCACAUGAAGCUGGUUCUCCAUUCUUGAAUUGGACGUCUCUUUGACUGGAUGGUGAAAACAUUCAAUCACUGCCAGGUUAGGAAACAUGUUAGCAUGCUCCUUCUACCACCAUCAAACCUCCAAAGGAUCCGAACUCCAUGUAGGCUGCCACCUCAUCCUCGGGCUGCAAAGGUUCAUGGUUGGAGUCCUCCACGUCGGUGACCAACGUGACCACGGAGUCAAAGGUUACACUUGUGUCACUGACUUUCAAAAUGAAAGGAACUGUGAAAAUAUUACACACAUACUGCACCUUUUUACUUUGUUGUAGUCUGAAAAAUAAAAAGUAUAUUUUUGUUCUUACCCACUGUUUAUUCUCCAGCUAUGCAAGAAGUAUCGCAGUACCGAUUCCCAUGAGGAGAAAACCUUUACAGGUCACAGCUCCAGCAGUGUCGAUCAUUGGAGCCUCUAAAGGGACAGAAAGUUUCGGACGGCUUUACAAGAGAAACGGCAAAAUCUACAGCGUCUACACCCUGAAAUCUGAUAAAGCCUCCGGGCACCUCUCUGAGUGGCAAACAAGGAUUGUGAAGAGGAGGGUCACAGGUGAAGAGGGGAUGCCUCAGUGGAGGAACCUUCAAACAGAUGAAGAGCCCAGAAGGCUGGAUGUGGUGCCCCCCACACCUGCAGCAGCCACAUCAGGACUGGUCCAGAGACCUGUCAGGACAGAUUCAGAUGUCCAGCAGCUGUUGGUGAUUCAAGAUGUUCCCCCUGAGUGGAGCCCCAGCCUGGACCAGGAGGACCCAGAGCCCCUCCAAAUAAAAGAGGAGCAGGAGGACCCAGUGCCCCUCAACAUUAAAGAGGAGCAGGAGGACCCAGAGCCCCUCCACAUCAAAGAGGAGCAGGAGGACCCAGGGCCCCUCCACAUUAAAGAGGAGCAGGAGGAAGUGUGGAGCAGUCCAGAGGGAGAGCAGCUCAGUGGGCUGGAGGAGGCUGAUAUCACCAGGUUGACUUCUGUUACUGUGAAGAGUGAAGAUGAUGAAGAGAAACCUCAGUCCUCACUGCUUCAUCAGAGCCAAACGGAGGACAGCAGAGACACAGAGCCUCCAACCAGCAGCUCAGCUAUGCAGAUAAAAACAGAAACUGAUGGAGAGGACUGUGGAGGAUCAGAACCAGCCAGGAACCUUGAUCCACAUGGUCAUUCACAACCAAAUACUGAUGAUGAGAAGGCAUCAGACUCUUCUGAGACUGAAGACAGUGACAUUGAUUGGCAGGAACCCAUGUCAGAUUCUGGAUCUGAGACUGACUACAGUGUCAGUGGUUGGAAGGAGACCAGGACAGCUGAGUCUGCUGUAAAUGUUGAGGGAUGUGAUGUUGGCCAAAAAUCCUCGAGCGUCUUUCAGUAUAGUAAACAGUUAAACUACAGGGGGUUUGUUCAGAGACACAUGAAAGCUCAUUUUGGAAAAAGGUCCUCCAGAUGUUCGGUCAGUAAGAAAUGUUUUAGAGUGAAGGAAAACGUAGAUGCACAGGUGAGCGACGACGCAGAAGAGAAACUGUUUGGUUGUGAUGUUUGUGGGAAAACAUUUAGACAACAGGGAAAUCUGAAGGCACACAUGAGAGUUCACACAGGAGAGAAACCAUUUGGUUGUGAUGUUUGUGGGAAAAGAUUUAACCAGCAGGGAAACCUGAGGACGCACAUGAGGAUCCACACAGGAGAGAAACCAUUCGAAUGUAAGUUUUGUAAGAAAAGAUUUGGAAUACAGCAUCACUGGCACUCACACGUGAGAACCCACACAGGAGAGAAACCGUUUGAAUGUGACGUGUGUGGGAGUAGAUUUAACCAGCAGGGAGGUUUGACAAGACACAUGAGAACCCACACAGGAGAGAAACCGUUUGGCUGUGAUGUGUGUGGGAAAAGAUUUCUACGGAAGGGAAAUAUGAAGAGACACAUGCAGAGUCGAUAUUGUACUGUUCAGGUUGUUGUGAAAGAUCAAUAAAGAAAAUGUGUUGAUAACAA